GAGGGCGGGGAAACGUCCCCGCACGUCCAGGGACUACAACUCCCCGAGUUCCACGGGAUUUACAAGCCGGAAAGGCCUGAAUCAGGAACCGGAUGUAUUUUGUUGCUCCGGCGAACCCCUGGGGAGAUGGUGAGCUUGGUUUGCGGUACCUCGGUGAUUUAGGGGAACCACGGGGUCGGGCCUCGAGUCGGAGUCUCCUUAGGAGAUGGGGUUGGGCUCUCCGAACUAGGAUCGCUCUCCCGACCGCUUGUGGACAGGCCACCGGGACAGACCAAGCGGUGGGAUUUGGCCUCGUCGCCAUUAGCCUGAUCAUCUUCACCUACUACACCAUUUGGGUGAUUCUUUUGCCGUUCAUUGACAGCCAACAUGUCAUCCACAAGUACUUCUUGCCCCGCGCCUAUGCUGUCCUCAUCCCACUGGCCGCAGGCCUCCUGCUGAUCCUAUUUGUAGCCUCAUCAUCACCGACCCUCUCCUCGCCCUGGCAUCUCUUACUGCUUCUGUGGGUUGGGGACUGUGUCUUCAUCAUUACGGUAUCCUGAGCUCUAGCACAGGAGCUUAGAAGAGUGGGUUCAGGAGUGUUCAUCACCUGUGUGAUGCUGAAGAGCCAGAGGGUGACCAAGAAGGCUCAGUGAAGGUCCAGCAUGGAGGAGGCUGCCAGAGCCGCCUCUGCAUCUCCUCUAGGGAAGGGACCAAAGGCCACAGCCUACAAGACAGUCGCCCAGCUGCACUGCAGCCCUCUUUGGGAUGUGGGGGUGCUUAGGACUCAACUCAGCUCUGACAAAGCAGGCUCUCU